AUGUAUGAAUAUGGAGAUAUCACCGGCCUAAACAUUGACCUUAAGGACACCUGGGAUGUUGACCAUAAGGAGUUUUUGGGAGAGCUCGGAGUUUCUACAAUUGAGGGUCCUUGUUUGAGAGAUCUGUUAUCGGUGCUGAAGAAAUGUUGCCCUUGGACUUUUGAGAAGAGGCGAAUGGUUGGAUUGCUAUGUCUUCUGUCCAUUCCAGUGUAUGGUAUAUCUCCUACAAGGAAAAUCCCUUUGGCGGCUGCAAAAACGGUUUUGGAUAGGGAGAAGUUUGCUGCAUAUCCUUGGGAUCGGAUUGGAUUUAAGCAGCUGAUAUAUUCUAUUAAGUGUGUUACUUAUGAAAGCAAGUUGACUUAUAUUAUUCGUGGAUGUGUUCACGUGUUACAAAUCUGGGCUUGCGAGGCAGUAGUUGGAAUAGGCGAGAUUGCUGGUCAAACAAAAGAAGGGAAGAGGUUCCUCUUAUUGCAUGGGGUGGAUCGAGAAUGA